AUGACCUAUUCUCGCUUUGUGAAUUACAAGGGCAAUUUAUUUGGUAUCGACGAUUUCCACCUGAAUAAAUCGUUCAGGCUCGAAGUCGAUCUUGACUGGUCGAAGACAGUACUUCCUUAUCUCAACAUUAAGGAUCAAGAUACCAGAGGCAGGCAGAAAUAUGUGAUUUUGCGUGGCUCAAUUUUCAUCUCGUGCGCUUUGAUUUGCAUAGCAAGCCAGUUCUGUCUACGACAGAGAGACAUGGUAGAAGAUGUUCCGAAUCAAGACCACUGGGUCAUUCUGAUAUCACUCAUGUCGGUCACAUGCCAAGGAUGGCCUAUUUCCCUACGAAUCCAAAGGAAUAUCAUUAAGGACCAAUCACUCGCUGAUGUAUUACACACGAAACAUCCUACUCCAAAGACAUCCGAUAGAGGAAUUCGCUGCAUACCAGAACGAGCAACUAUUGAACCGGGAACCAAUCCCGAGUCAGAACCCAAACUUGGUAUAGACCACGUCACCAUAACACCGAAAGCAACUCAUUUACGUGCACAUGCGGUCGCCCGAGUGUACACUCGCCGCAAGGCACAGGAUGCUGCCAGGGAGAAGGAGAGGGAUAAUUUGGUGAAGGAUCUUACUAGCAUUGAUGUGCAUGGGCGUAAGGUGGCUAGCAGCUACUCAGAGUUUGUGGCUAUGCUUGAAAGCAAUGCUAAAAGCAAUGUGAUACCUAAGCAGAUAGCUCUUCAGAUGCUUACUACGCUGUCUGAUUCUAUUAUAUCUAUAUGCAAGGCUACACAUAAUGUGUCUACGUUUAUACACUUUGCAUCUGGUACUGUGGGUGGUGAUUCUGAUAGCUAUGCCUCAGAAACCAAGGACCCGGCUACAUACUCCCGCGUUACCCCUGGAGAGACGAAGAGCGUAUCCUCGCAGUCUAGAGCACCGUCUACUGUUACUGAUGCGUUUAAGGCUAUGAGCCCGGCAGAGAUACGGCGGACAAGGCAGAGGGCUAAGACACCGGCACCUCCAGAGACCCCUCCGCUUAAGCCUACGGGCGCAGCUGCUACAUCUGAGAUGCCUGCUCCGGCAACACCUACACCCGUGAAAGCCGGGUCUCUUCGGGCACAACGCCUGGCGUCGCAGUCUAAGACUCCAGCGGCUAGUAUAGCGGCUGCACUGGUUAGCACUUCUCUAAAGCUCUCCGAUGUCGAGGCUAGUGCCUUUACUAUAAUAGCUGAGUAUAUGUCUACGGAGAGAGAGGAUGCUGAGAGCUCAUCCUUCGCUGAGCAGCUGAUGGCUAGCAUUAAGUACAAGAAAGCCAAGGGCAGCGCUACCACCGAUGCUAUCAAGGCUGUGAGGAGCAAUAUGGGUAAGGAUAAAGCCCACAAUGCUGAAAGAGACACCGGUAACCCCUGCAAAAUAUCAUCUGAGGAGCCUGUUGUAGCUGUCCCUAACGAGAGGGUGGAGUGGGACACUGACACUGCCCAUAGCCUUCACGUGGCCUUCGCUCCGGUGUCGGACAAUACUAGCGACUUCACGCGCAAUAACCUCCGUAACAAGAUCCCCCGCCGGUACUUCGACGUGAAGAUGACAUUCGCCUGGCAGGGCGUAGAGUCCGUUUUCCUCAGGGCGGAUGACGGUAUCAUCCCAUACGUUUUCCCUCCUGCCAAGGCCAAGAAGACCGCGGGUCAGGCCACGUCCUACGGCAAGAGCUACGUCUAUGCUGCAGCAGUAAAAGUUUCCGGUCCAGUUCCAAGGCCCAAGCUGUCUGCAAUAGGGACAUAUCUUUCGGCGUUUGAGAAGGACGAAUCCGCAACCAACUCACAGCCAGGGACGUUUAUUGAACGCUAUAGAAUCUAGCACCAAAUCAAACACCGGCAAGAGUUUGCAAUGGGCUGCUACCAAGCUGGCUUUUGUCUCCUCGCCUAGUUAUACCGUCACGUUCGAGGCACGACAUACCUGUCUGAUUUGUCCGUCUGGGUCAACUUGACAUGUCAGUGCAGCGAACAUGCCUUAUGGGCGAUUGCGAUGCUUGGUGCUGCAGUACUUACUUAGGGCGAGGGUGCUAACUCUUACCUUAUCUUUGACUUUUGUAUGGUGUUGCGGUUGUUGGAUCCGUGGAAUUCUUUUGGGUAUAUCGUUAACAGCAUCGCAUUCAUCCAUGCGAUUUACUAGACGGUGGUUAGAACAUUACCCAGAAAAAAGGAUAUUUAGAGGUUCGAAAACACAUCGGAGAUGUGGAAAGACACACUGCAGUAGCUGUUUAUAAGUGUUAUUGAUACACUCGGGCCAU